AUGAACACAGAGUUCAAUAACAAAAAAGUAUUGUUGGUGGGUGCUGGUGGUAUUGGGUGCGAGAUAUUAAAGAAUGUGUUAUUAAUGGGAAUAGAGUAUAUUGAGGUGAUCGACUUGGACGUCAUCGAUUUUUCAAAUUUGAACCGCCAGUUUUUGUUUAACAAGUCCCACAUAGGACAGAGUAAAGCAAAAGUCGCUUCAGAGAUCUCAAAGAGUCGGUACAACCCCCGUGCCACUGUCAUCUCACAUCACUGCGAAAUUCAAAACAAGAAGUUCGACGUCUCCUUUUAUAAGCGGUUCGACGUUGUGAUCAACGCACUUGAUAAUUUACAAGCUAGAAAGUACGUAAAUCACAUGUGCGUGUGUUCUGAUGUCCCUUUGGUCGACGGUGGGACGUCUGCUUUCUUGGGACAAACAACCCCAAUUCUUCCCAAAGUCACGGAAUGCUAUGAAUGUCAACCCAAAACCGCACCAAAGGGAUACGCUGUGUGCACCAUUCGAACAAAUCCAAGUAGUGCCGUCCACUGUGUCUUUUGGGCGAAACAGCUCUUCCAGAAGUUGUUCAGUAAAAGUGACGAAGGGAAUUACUUAAACGAUUUUAACUUCGACAACACCACUGAAAGGUGGCGCGCGGUCUUUGAGAAAGCAUUUUAUGAAGACAUCAAAGUACUUCGCGAGAGUGAAGAUCUCUGGAAAUUGAAGAAGAAGCCUCUUUUGAUGACUUACGAUGAGAUGUCGAAAUGUGCAACAAAGGUGAAUGAGAGCACAUUAGCUGACUUAGUCUUCACAUACAAAACGAAGUUUGACGAACUUGAAAGGCGAAAGGAGAAGUCUGGGGACUUUGAAUAUGAAAAGGACGACGAGAUGAUGGUCGACUUUGUCUCCUCAUUAACAAACAUCCGAUGUUUUGUGUUCAACUUAAAGGCUAUUUCGAAGUUCGAAGUGCAAGAGAAGGCGGGGAACAUCAUUCCAGCUAUUGCGACGACAAACGCAAUUAUCUCGGGAUUGAUGGCGGUCGAAAUGGCGAAGAUACUGAGAAAACAUAAUGACGCAUUGAGAAUGGUCUACUUAGCUAAAACACCAAUGAGAAACCAUUUGCUCACAUUCGAGAAGUGCACGGAACCUAAUAAGAAGUGCUUUGUGUGCGGAAACGAGAUUCUUCCAUUGGAGAUAGAGCUCGACACAAAAUUGAAAGACAUUAUACAAAAAGUUACAGAAGAGUGUUCACUAGAACAUCCUACUGUUCUCACCGGGGAGAGACUUUUGUUUGAGUCUGAUGAGGGGUUAGAAAAGGACGAAAUUGAGUGCUAUAAUACAAUCGCUGAAAAGACUUUAAAAGAGCUUAACAUAGCUUUUGAAGACACUUUGCUGUUUAAAGACGACGUCAGGACUGUCGAGUUUGUUCUCAAAGAGGAGAACAGAAAGCAUUGA